AUGGACCAGCCGGACGGAUACCUGGAUGCAACACAGCCGGACUAUGUGUGCAAGCUAAAGAGAUCACUCUACGGCUUGAAGCAAUCGCCUCGCAUGUGGAACCAAACAAUCGAUGGGUUCAUGAUCAAGAUGGGAUUCAAGAAGUGCGAAUCGGACCACUGCAUCUACAUCAAGCGAGACGACCAAGACAUGAUUCUCGUGGUGCUCUACGUCGAUGAUCUCAUCCUGGCCAGCAGCAACAACGAACUCCUCAAGUCGACCAAGAUGGCGCUGGAGCAAACGCUUCGAAAUGACGGAUCUCGGUGA